ACCAAGGGUACCGAGGUGUAUGCGGUCUUGGAGCUUAAUCCGGGUUGGACCAGCAUGCUUUACUCCCAUGACGUCACUUUUACAAAAUGGCGACGAGAAAAAUUUCUUUGAAAGUGCUGUGGAUUUCGCUGGUCAUAUCUUCUUUUCUGUGGGCCGCAGAGGGCAGAAAACACCACUUAGUCCUUCAGAAUGAGAAAAGGUCCUAUGUGGACCUGAGCACUUUCGGCUUCCUGAAGGGGGGAACCCUGUCUGUGCAGGUGACAGGAUUCAAGGUCCAUGUGCCAACACCCUUACCUAACAUGGACUCCAUGUUUGGCCUCAGUUUGGACAAGACAAGCAGUGAUGGAAUAUCCAACUAUCUGGAGAACACAGCAGAAGACUGUAUUUUGAACAAGGUUAAGGAGGUGGGUGGAAAGGACGAUGACCUGACAGUGGUUCUGUUCACCUUCAACCUUAGCAACAGCACGGUGACCCUCAGAAGAAUAGGCGACAACUUGAAGGCCCUGGACAUUUACCACAACGAGACAGAAUACAACAUGUACAAGUCACACAGAGUACCGCCCAGUGGGGGCAAGUCACUGAGGAAGAUGGUCAAAACAAAACGACAGGCAGAAGAAAUUGAUAACCCAAAGAAACAACCCACAGGAGAAGAAACAGACCCAAAAGACAAAACUAAAGAUAUAGAAGAAGAGACAAAAGCAGGGGGUGAUCAGCCAGACGGUGUGGAUACACAAGAAAAGGGAAAGGACAAAACUGAGGAUGAUACAAAAGGAGAGGAUCCAGCCAAAGAAGAAGACAAAGAAGAGGAAAUUGUAGAAAAUCCUGGUGACAAGGCAGAAGAACCAGAUGUAGAGAAGGAGGGUGAGGAUGGUGAGAAAUCUGAACAGACGGCAGAAGAAGAGGAAAAAGAGGAGGAUGAAAGUGAACAGGAUGCUGAACCAUUGAUGGAACACCCCUUACUGUUCAAUCUUCCAAUGGGACAGGAGAAGUCCAAAGAAGCAGUGUACAAUUUAACUUUCUUUGUGGCCAUCAAAGACCUUGAAGAGGAGGGUCUGUACAACCUUAGGUUCCACAACUGUUACAACAAACACUCCGUGGAGGACAGCAAGUCCAAGGUGACCAUCAGCAUGCAGGUGGACGUGGUGGAGAUGAACAAUGACAACUACCUGUCUGCUGGAGAGGUCCCCCUGCCUCCUGUGUACCUGACCAUGAUGGGAGUCUUCUUCCUGACUGGCUGUCUGUGGAUCCACAUACUCAGGAAGAGGAAGGGAGAUGUGUUCAAGAUCCAUUACCUGAUGGCAGCCCUGGUCAUGGUCAAGGCUAUGUCACUCAUGUUUCACGCAGUGAACUAUCACUUUAUUGCUGUUGAGGGGUCACCAGAGGAAGCCUGGGCUGUCCUGUACUACAUAGUGUACCUGACGAGGAGCCUCCUCCUGCUCAUUUCGAUCGUGCUGAUCGGCACAGGGCUGACGUUCCAUAACCAUAUCCUCCCGGCAGACAGUCGGAACGUUCGCGCACUAUGCCUGCUCUUCCUCCCCCUGCAGGUUCUGGCCAAUGUUGCGUACAUCAUCACAGAGUCUACAGAAGAAGGGAACUCCCAGUACCGACUGUGGAGGGAAGUGUUCAUCCUGGUGGACCUGCUGUGCUGUGGAGCCAUCCUCUUCCCUGUUGUCUGGUCAAUACGACAUCUACAGGAGGCCUCCCAGACUGAUGGGAAAGCUGCUAUCAGCCUACAGAAGUUGAAGCUCUUCAGGCAUUUCUAUGUUAUGAUUGUUUGCUAUAUCUACUUCACAAGAAUAAUAGUCUACCUGUUGAAGAUCACCGUGCCAUUCCAGUACGAGUGGCUGGGCCAGUUUUUUGCUGAGCUGGCCACCUACGUGUUCUUCGUCAUGACGGGGUACAAGUUCCGCCCAGCGUCCAACAACCCCUACCUACAGGUCUCACAGGACGAUGAGGACAUCGAGAUGGAAGAAGUUGUGACAGAAACAGGCUGGAAUGAGGGGGUGGUCAGGGUCAACCAGGGGGGCAAGGUCGUCAGCACCCAGGAUAGUCUGGCCAAUCCCAAGCCUCGAGACAACAGCCAUGAUGCCUAAGCAAGCAGCUGUGUCAUUGGACUGACUGAGAAAAAAAGGAACAAAGAGUUCUUGCCAGGAGAUUGCACAAGGAUGAAAAUUUCAAACUUUGUAGAGAAAUUUAAUUUCACAUACAAUGUAUGCCAGUGCAAUUUAAAGUAUAUCUUUAUGAGUUUCUAGUAGCAAUGUCACUCAAUCGUUAUUCUUAUCCAUAACCUCUAUACUGUUCAUUUCACUACUAUCUGCACUGAAAUCUGAAUUCCUUUGAUCUGUAAAUAUUUCAUAACUACAGUUAAAGACUUAGUUUUCACUUUUAAAUCAUAGAAAGAAAAGAUGAAGCAGUAGCUAUGUAACAAACUAAUUAGUUGACACACUCCAGUGCACUAGUGUUGCAUGUGAACAGAGACACUAACGCUGGUUAUCUGAUGGUAGAGACUUUAAGUUUACCUGCUUCUAUUACUGUGGCUGUUGGAAUGGUAAAGAAAGUUAGAACAUAAUUUAUUCAUUUCACCACAUACUGUAGAAAGCUUUGAUUGCUUUCGUAGUCUUACCAACCCUGGGAAAACACAGGACGGUUUACAAUUUAUCAUUAUUUAUGUAUAUUAGACAUCCCUCCAAGACUCAUUGUUGAAAACAGUUAAUGUACAAAUAAUGUAUACUGAGCCCAAUUGUAAAUUAAAUGAUUGCUAUAUAUUUACAUGUACAUAGAAUAAAAAUAAUCAAGAUAGUGAUAAAUAUCCACCAAGAACAACUUGUUAUAGAAUUUAAACGUAUGUAAAAAUGUGUAUUUGUUUGAAUUGUGGAUCAUUCAUGUGCACAUAGUUGCCAAAUCUAGAAGUAUCACACAGAAUAGCUAGUCAGGACAACAUAGGCUGAUGUUAGUCUUAGUGGCUAAAACAUUCCUCUAUUCUGCAUUACAUUUAUUUGUAUUUUGUUCAGGACAGAAUGGUGGAAACCUUUGUUGCUUCCUCAGUCAUCAACAUUGUAUACUGUAACCAAGUAAGAAAUGAUUUGAGUGCUGUCCUUCACACUGCGUGUUUACCUGAGGCUUGACGGUAUCAUUGUUGAUGGUGGACAAGAUACCCUUCUGCUGUACAUUCAGCACAUUAGAAGACCUCACAGUUAUCCAUGGCCCUAGCCCAGUUAGCUACCUCUUGGCCCUGUACAGAUCAUGAUCAGAUGCCCAUGUUAAUAAAUUGUAUCCAUGAGGUAUCAAGACUAUUAACUGAUUCUAAGAAAUGGUAAUAUUUUCUCUGAAAGAGUUAAGUUACCAACAGUUUGAGGACAUGUCCUAUUUGAUUGACUGAUUCAGAUGUUUCAUUUAUCAAAAGUACAUGUAAAUGUACCAUUGUUCAGUUUUUGAUCCUAAAUAUAACUUUUUGUCUUUUAUGAGAUUUCUUUUCUGAAUAUGCACAGCCUUCAAGACUGUAAGAUCAUUCAAGGUGUUCCAUCUCUUAAGGCUAUGAAUGAGCUAUUGCAGAUUGCAGAGAAGUACCCAAGUGUACCGUGACGUUUAAAUACAUAGCUCAGGGAACUCUGUAUUGACGUGGUUCUUGGUUUGACAUCCCAAGUCGAUGUAGUAGUAAGUGAAAGAUUUUAUAGCCAGUCUAAAGCUGAUGAACAUUGUACAAAAGUACUCUGAACCCAUGAAUGUUUGUGGGUUAUAGCACAUGUACAAUGUGUAAACUGUGAAUGUCCAAAGACGAGGGAUGAUUUUCUGGAAGUUUAAAGGUUAGUGGCUGUAGUGGUGGCCAAGAAAAAGUUUCCUUAUUUAACUUGUAGGUCAGGACUUUUUGUGCAUUUCUUGCUUAUUU